AUGUCCUCUGCUUCGACUGAUUCUUCGUCGGAUCUGUCCACCCCUACGCCUACCCCCAUGAUUUCCUUACCAUCCGAUCCCUACUCUAGCCCUUUAUAUCUUCACGCUGCCGACACAUCCAGCACCUCGCUCAAUACUGAGAAACUCAUUGGCGAAUCCAACUUCAAUGUCUGGUCUCGGUCGAUGUUGAAGGCUCUCAACGCCAAAAACAAACUCGGGUUUGUUGAUGGCUCACUUUCGCAGCCUUCACACGAUGCUGCUGAUUUUGGGUUGUGGUCUCGGUGCAACGAUCUCGUCUGUACCUGGAUCAACAAUUCGGUUUCUGCCGACAUUUCCAGUCUCAUUAUCUAUCUCGAUAAUGCGCAUGACGUGUGGGUCAGUUUGGAGAAUAGGUUCAAACAGAAAAAUGUUUCGAAGAUAUACAAUAUCCAGCAGAAGAUUGACGGUUUACAUCAAGGAUCUUUGGACUUGAACGCAUAUUUUACCAAGUUGACUGGUCUUUGGGAAGAGCUCAAAAAUCAUGAGCCUUUCCCGACCUGUACUUGUAAUGGUUGUUCGUGCAACUUGGUGAAACGAUGGGAGGAAUUCUACGAUCUUCGGAAUGUGGUUCGCUUCCUUAUGCGUCUCAAUGAGUCAUUUACACCAGCUCGUCGGCAAAUUUUGAUGAUGGAGCCGCUGCCUAAUAUCACCAAGGCUUACAAUCUGAUUUCCCAGGAAGAACAACAAAGACUUGUUACUUCCCCUUCUGAUUCUGUGGCAUUCCAUUCUCAGGCUCAUGGAACUGGCUCUCGACCACAGAACAAGUCCAAGCCUCAGUGCACUCACUGUGGUCUCUUCGGUCAUACAGUUUCUCGUUGCUUCAAAAUAUAUGGUUAUCCCCGUGGCCACAAGCUGGCAUCUUCCGGAUCACGCACAACUGCACCAAAUUCCUGGAAUCAUUCUGGUAUUCUCCCAUCACCAUCGUCGAAUAGUCAACACCGUGUUAAUAUGGUUAGCACAAUGUCAGAUGCUCCUACUAUUGGCUCUUCUGCACCGGAGCAUGGCGCUUCGGCUCUCGCAUAG